AUGGAAGAAGUCGAACAUCUUGAGCAACAAGCUGCAUUCAAUAGUAUUGAAGCAUGUGCUCUGGUUAAAGAAAUUAUCACAUCAGUAAUUGGUAAUGCUGAAUACACUUCAAACAUGGUUAAAAAAUGGACUGGUAUAAUUACUGAACAGUCGAUUGCACAAUUAGCAAGAUUGAAUAGACCUUUCAAAUAUAUGGUUUCGUGUGUUUUGAUGCAGAAAAAUGGCGCAGGAUUACAGGCAGCAAGUGCUUGUUAUUGGGAUGCUUCAACUGAUGGUUAUUAUACGCUUAAAUGGGAGAAUAAGAGUAUGUACUGUUUUGUUACAAUAUUUGGAAUGGCAAUAUGA